AUGGGACACCUCCAAGCGGCCAAGCGUGCCAAAGCUGGACGAAUUUCCAUCUUGUCACCGCGCCUCAAAUCUCACCAUUCUGGCCAAUGCGCUGCCGGCAAGGCACACGUGCAAGGAUGGCCAGCACCAGAGCCGAACAUGCACGCCGAGCACACCCGCCUAAACUUCCGCAUCGCUACCAACAGGCUUCCGACCCUCACGGAAUCGUUUCUGCUCCUGCCGAAUGUCCACAUGGCAUCUGAAAGGCUUGACCGGAAGCAGCCAACAGCAUGGAAGAUUGGCCGUGCGUUCACGCAAGGCAAGAAGAGUGCGCCUUCUGAAUUUGCUGAAGUUGAGCGGGAGGCCAAUGGAUUGAGCGAAGCGUUGAAGCUCGUAGCAGAGUCGUUACACACGGAUGGUGAAACACUAUCGCAAGCAGACAAUGAGACUCGCGCCGCCGUCAACACCAUUCUCGAAAGCGCGAGGGCCACUUUGAGUGACCUGGAGAGCUUCGUGGAACGGUAUCAAGUCAUCAAGAAGAACCAGACAAGCGGCGGCUUCGUCGUUGAACGAAGCUGGAGCCAGGUCGUGCUUGCCAAUUACAAGACUUUCAAGUGGACAACAGAAGGAGGCACAAUCGAUGAGCUACGGAAUAUGCUCCAGAUGCACACCAACACCAUACAGCUGACCAUGCAAGCACUACAAUCACGCUCGUUGGCAAGGCUGGAGAAGACUGUCGUACCAAUGGCCGAGAAUAUCGCCGAUAUCCACCAAGCAGUACAUGGCGACCUGGGUGGCAAGAUAGACGACCUUCACCGCCUGAUAAUGGCUGUAGCCAACAGCACACCCUCACUCCAAGCGCGGGAUCGUGCGAUCCAAGGCCCGAACAGCGUGCGAAACAGCAGCAGCACCGUGUCCACGCUAGAUCGCGGUUCAACAUCGAAUGGCACAGGGACCCGUAUGCUGGAGGCGCCACCCCCACGUAACUCCUCAAUCGUCCUCCCAAUACGGAAUCUAGACCGAAGGGAGUCGGUGCAGUCCACCCAUAGUUCAAAGGUCACCGUCUUGCCCGCUGGAAAGUCUUCGAGGGAGGAUUCAGCUUACUGGUCUAUGGGUCCCAUGCCAUUCGAACGCGAAGGAAGAAGGAUGGACUGGGGGUUUGAGAAUGGCUCGCCUCCACACGAUCGGGGCAGCAUUGGUAAUGAGUUCGCAUCUAGCUCUAGUGCUGCCUCUUCUGUCUCGCCGCCUCCACAACGACCCGAGUCGAGCAUAGCACGCCGUGAGUCUACGACCUUGCCUAACCUAUUUAGUGCUAUCGACGAGCUGGACCAGGAAGGUGACUACAACAUCGACCCAUACUACACCAAUGUCUCGCCAAGAUCAAGAAAUCAUGCGUCAUCGUCACAAACGAACUCCGUGCGAAUCUCCAAUGGACAGCAAAUCCUCCCACCACCCGCCCUGCCGCCAGAUUCACCCGAGACUCGUGAACCACCUGCCACUCCCGCUUCCAUCUUCGGCGCACCUCGACGACAUCAAAGUGUCAAGAAACCCGCUUCCCGACCUACGACUGCACACGGCUCGGUGCAACGAAAGCGAGAAAGCGUCGAAUCCAAUUCACCACAAGCGACUGAGACUCUCUCAUUCGACAAAAUCCUAUUUCGCAAUGCUGCAAUACUGUGUGACGUCCGCGGGAAACUGGUAGAGUAUGCUCAAAAGAUUCCCAACGAGCCAGAUCCGCGCUUCGACACGGAGAUGAAGGAAGCGUGCAAAGACUGCCGAAUCUGCGUCAUCCGUAAGCGAGAGCAAAAAGAACAUGGCGGCACAAAAGUUGUUACUUCCAUCUGGACACUAUCUGAUGACGGCGAAGUCCGAAUGCAGCAGAAGCUAUCCGAGAUCAACGAGACUGUGCCAUACUGCUCAUAUUUCGACCCAUUGAAAGUCUCACUACCACCCCCCGAAGGCGCUGGAAGCGAGAUGGACCUCAAAUUUCAUCCUGAGCAACGGGGUGCUAUGCUCAAGGAAGGGAAGAAGACGAAUUGGGUCAACUUCGUCUUCGUGAGUGAGCAGGAUGCCAUAUCAUUCCAAUCCGCAGUCUUUGGCAGAACGCUCCUGGGCAGCUAUCGCACGACUAAAACGACAGUCAUUCACGACGGACUCAAGGGGGCUUUCGCGUUCGAAGAGCAGUUUGCGAACAUUGAAAUGCUUCGACUUUGGGAAGACGAUGGCAUUGCUACACCUGGUGCAGCUGGCGGCGUCAUGGCCUUGAUGCAUGUGAGCAGUAACUUUGGGGACGGCUGGGCGCGUUUCUGGCUCAAUGGCAACAAGCAGCAAGUCCGUGUCAAAGAGGACAGUGCCAAGUGGGCGCGAGUCAAGGGAAUCGAUAUCACCGUCGUUCGACCUGGUACUGCUCCUGCUGUGGCAGAGAAGAUCAGAAGUCCUUCCGUCGCUUCACCUGUCGGAGAAGGUCUGCAGCGUGUGGAAACUAUGAUGGAGGCUAGACCGAAUGGUGGGAGGAGGAUACCUGUUAAGAGAGUACAAGGGGUCCGAAUCGAAUUCAAGACUGAGGAGGAGAGGAGUCGGUUCGUGCAGCAGAGUAAGACUGUGCAGGGGAAGAUCCUCUCGCUGCCGGAUCUUUGA